CCUUCCAAGACCCAUAUCUAUAAAGACACAACCCUAAUGAACAUUCUCAUUUUCCUCUGAUCUCUCAUUCUCAUUGUUUGUUCCCACCUCAUGGAUCAAAAACAAGCCCUACAAGGCCCACAACCACCACCACCACCACCCAACAACAACCCAUCUUACCUCUUCACUCCUUUACUCUCACCCACCUCUCUCCACCACCCUCCUCCACUUCUCCACCCAAACCCAACUCCCCAACCACCCCAUCUCCUCCAUGACAUUGACUGGGUCAGCCUUCUCUCCGGUGGGCUCGGCGACAUGAGACCGAUACUUGAAAGUGCUUCUUCUAUAGCAUCAACAUCUCAGAGUGUAGGUAAUGAAGGGAUUAAGGAGGAUAGAAGGAGAGGGAGCAGGGGAAAGAAAGCGGCUCGACCUCGGUUCGCGUUCCAGACUAGGAGUGAAGAUGAUAUACUGGAUGAUGGAUAUCGUUGGAGAAAAUAUGGACAGAAAUCUGUGAAGAAUAAUACUCAUCCAAGGAGCUACUAUAGGUGCACACAUCAUACUUGCAAUGUAAAGAAACAAAUACAGAGGCUCUCGAAGGACACCGGCAUCGUUGUCACAACAUACGAGGGAAUCCAUAACCAUCCCUGUGCCAAGCUCAUGGAAACUCUCAGUCCUCUUCUCAAGCAGAUGCAGUUCCUCUCUCAGUUUUGAGUCCAACAACCCAGCUUUCAUAAAUAAAGCCACCCAUUUGACAGAUACAAAUACAAUUUGUCUACUUGCACAGAAAUCGAUUACAGAAUUGGAUUCCUAAACUUUUUUUCUUUUCAGUUAUCAUAGUGGAUGGAUCAUAUAACUAAUACAAGCCACUUGAUGCACUUGAUGUAAAUGGACAAACAUUAUCAUAUAGGAGUUUGCUAACUAAACUCAAUAUUGAUGUGGCAUUACAUACAGUACUAGUUAAUCAA